AUGAGAAUAAUACAUUUUUGUCUUUGUGUACUAUUGUGUAUUGUCGCUAAGGACGAAGUGGCAGCAAGAAUAUGUGACACGAAAAGUAAUCCUGACAUCAUUGCGAAAAUUCGUCUGAUGGUUUACAGAGGAAAUAGCACUGAGUUCUCCUUCAGUGACGUGAGAUUAGCGAAUCCUGAGGAUAUCGCGAAGUACGUCUCCAGGGACAAGGACACCAUUUUGUAUAUUCACGGCUUCCUGGAAAAUCCAGAUGCUGAUAAUGUCCAGACGAUUAUUAAAGCCUAUUUGGAGGAACGGGACGUAAACCUGAUAGCGUUGGACUGGGGUGACAUAGCAAUCGACAUUAACUACCUUUUCGUGUCCAGCCAAGUGUCCGUGAUAGGAGAGGCGGUCGGUGAAUUCCUGGAGAAACUUUCCGAGGUGAUCGAUUUGAACACGUUGCACGUGAUCGGGCAUUCUUUGGGUGCUCACGUAGCUGGCCAGAUCGGGAGAUCCAUGAAUGUUACUCUUGCUCGCAUCACUGGAUUGGAUCCAGCGUUCCCACUUUUUUACCCAUCCACAUGUCACAUCCGACCUACCGACGCAGAAACAGUUGUCAUCCUUCAUACGGACGCUGGGUUUUAUGGGACCCCAAUAGACACUGGGACCGUUGAUUUUUAUGCGAAUAGGGGAGUUGUACCUCAACCUGGUUGUCCUAAAAUCAUUGGAAGUGAAUUAUGCAGCCAUCAGAGGUCCGUCAAGCUCUACGCCGAGUCCUUAAAAAAUCCCAAAGCGUUCCCGGCUCAUAAAUGCGUUGACAAGUCAGAGGAAAGUGGGAGAAUAAUUUAUUUCGGAGAUGCAACGCCCAAGAACAUAUACGGUGCAUAUUGCUUCUACACCAACGCACAGGAGCCAUAUGGCAAAGGACCAACCACAUGAAUCUGUUUGUAUCUCAAAUAUCAAAAUCUAAAUUGCCAUUUAUGUAUGAGGAGAUGAAAGCUAGUAUGAAACUAGGCGCAACUAAAUCUAGAUUAUUGGAUAUGUAUUUGUAAAUAAAUACUCAGGAAUGAUUAAA